AUGCCUACAAGGAAACUAGGUGUGUCCGCCGUAGUCAGCGGUGUGUUGACUACUGCGAGCGUGGCCCACGGCUUGAGCUUCGAGAUCCCUUCUUCUGUGCCUGCCAAUGCGAGUGCGCAGAUCGAUGCUGCGCCGGUGGGCUUGUCAUUCGAGUUCUUCGCGUUCCCCGAGUACUUCGAGCAGUUGUCCCUGACCGACGGUUGUCUGGGAGUGCUGGCCGAUGCAUAUGGAACGAGUCCCCCGAUCCGGAUCGGGGGCACCACCCAGGACCGCGCGACAUACAACGCCUCCCUAUCGUCUGCCGUAUCCUACACCGUCGCCUCGCCGGACGACGCCCCGGAGACUUUGACCUACGGAGACUCGUUCAUGGACAUCGCAGCGAGCUAUAGUGGAUCCGUGACCAUCGGGUUCAACCGACGUCUGGACAACCUCAACAACACCAUCGCAGCCGCCAAAGUCGCCACAUCCACGAUCGGCAACCUAUACGCCAUCGAACUCGGCAACGAGCCAAACUUCUUCACAUCCAGCGACCCCAUCGCCGACGGCAAAUCCUGGACCGCAGCCGCCGACGCCGUGUCGCAGGUGGCCUGGCAGAGCUCGGUCGGAACCGCCCUCGACAAGACCGCCAUCAUCCAAGCGGGCGUCUUCUUCGGACUGGGAUCCUACGAGGUGACCAACCUCGUGGGCGAGGAGGAAGACACCGAUGCCGCGCAAUACGUGCGCUCCUUCUGCCACCACUACUACCCCUACUCCGCCUCGACCGCAGACCUCGAUGGGCUGAUGAGCCACGAGGCGAUCGUGGAGGGCGUGACGGCGUUCCAGUCGCAGGUGUCCGCGGCGCAUGAGCUCGACAAGGAUUUCGUGAUGGGAGAGACCAAUUCCGCAACCGGGGGCGGCGGAGGGAUCAGUCCCACCUUUGGCGCGGGCCUGUGGAUCUUGGACUACGCGAUGCAGGCGAUUAUUCUGGGGAUCAAGCAACUGUAUUUCCACCAGGGAACCAUUGGCAACUGUCCGUACUGCUGGUGGGACGAGACCGUGAACGCCCCGUUCUUUGGCGCCUAUACCGCGGCGCUGGCGCUUGGGGGUGCGUCGCAGGUCGCGCAGUUGGACAGCGGCGACAGCCGGGUGGCCGCGUACGCGAUCUACGACAGCAGCGGCGCGCCAACGCGGGUGCUGCUGUACAAUUCGGAGUACUACACCUCAGGGACACGGAGCAGCGUCGACAUCACCCUGAGCGGCCUGUCCUCGACCACUGUAUCAGCCAAGCGACUGACGGGAGAUGCAGCGACGACGACCGUAGGAGCGGGGGCCAUCACCAUCGGGGGACAGACAUUCGCCAACGGGACGUGCGCAUUGCAGGGCACGGAGGAGACGGAGACGACGGCGGUGCAGAGCGGUCAGGCGACCUUUACGGUGCAAGAGUCCGAGGCGUUGCUUAUUUAUCUAUAG